AUGGAGAAAGCGAGGACUUGCAGAGCAAUGAACAUCGCAGUGAUGGGAGAAGGAGACUCAGAGAAAUCCAUCUUCAUCAAUGCAAUGAAGGUUGCCACCAAUGAUCCUGUAAAUGAAGAUGAUGAAAAUGUGGAGAGAGGCAACUGGUCCUUGAAGUCUGAUUACUUGCUCUCAGUGAUCGGCUCUGCUGUGGGUCUAGGCAAUGUCUGGCGAUUCCCUUAUCUGGCUUACAAAAAUGGAGGAGCUGUAUUCCUUAUUCCCUACACCCUCAUGUUGGCACUCGUUGGGAUGCCACUGUUUUUCUUGGAAACUUCCUUUGGACAGUUUGCCAGCCUCAGUCCUGUGGCAAUCUGGAAAGCUGUGCCCAUGUUACAAGGUGUGGGGCUCACCAUGAUCCUUGUUGUUAUCACUGCCAUCGGUUACGCGACCUGCAUCCUCGCCUACAGUCUGUACUACCUGUUUGCUUCCUUCCAAUCACCCCUGCCAUGGGCAGACUGCUUCAGUUGGUGGGGAGCAGAUGAAACAUGCAGCAGGACUCACAAAGACCCACUCUGCAACCUCACUCUGGAUGAUGGAUAUUUUAAAAUCGUUAAUACAACAUGGCUGCAGACAAACAAUGAAAGUUGUCCACAUGGAUCAGAAAUCUCCAUUCCUCACCAGGGUCCGAGUGAGCAAUACUGGGAUAAAGUGGUUUUACGCCGUUCCAGUUCAAUGGAUGAGACUGGGGAGAUAGUCUGGUAUUUAGCUCUUUGUCUGCUCCUGGUCUGGCUGAUAAUGGGGGCAGCAUUAUCAAAAGGAAUCAAAUCUUCAGGAAAGGUGGUUUAUUUCACUGUGACAUUCCCAUACGUGGUUCUGACCAUACUCCUGAUCCAAGGGCUUACCCUGGAAGGAGCCAAUAAAGGAAUUCAAUUCUACAUUGGGAGCCAAUCAGACUUCUCCAAACUGGCUGAUGCUGAGGUUUGGAAAGAUGCUGCAACACAAAUUUUAUAUUCCCUUGCAGUCGCCGUGGGAUCUUUAAUAACUCUGUCAUCCUACAACAAAUUCCAUAACAACUGUUACAGAGAUACCAUCGUUGUCUGUGUUGUUAAUUGUGCUACGAGUGUGUAUGCUGGAUUCGCCAUCUUCUCAGUCCUUGGACACAUGGCUCAUGUACAAGACAAACCUAUCGCAGAGGUUGUACAGUCAGGUUUUGGAUUGGUUUUUAUUGCCUAUCCAGAAGCUCUUGCCCAGUUGCCAUGGGCACCUUUAUGGUCCAUUUUAUUUUUCUUCAUGCUGCUCACUCUGGGACUGGACUCUCAGUUUGCAGACUUAGAAACAAUUAUAACAGCACUGCUUGACCUGUUCCCCAAGUUUCUUCGAACAAAACGCCUUUAUUUGACAAUUGGUAUUUGUUUGAUAUCUUAUUUCCCUGCCCUUCUUUGUGUGACACAGGCUGGGAUUUACUGGCUAAAUUUGAUGGAUCAUUUCUGUUCAGGAUGGCUUCUCAUUUCAAUAAGUCUUGUAGAACUGCUCAGUCUCAGCUGGAUCUACGGGGCAAACAGAUUCAUCAAGGACAUUGAGAUGAUGAUUGGGCAAAGGACUUGGCUCUUCUGGCUGUGGUGGAGAGUCUGUUGGCUUUUGAUCUCUCCGUGUUUGCUGGCAGUCAUCUUGCUCUGGUCCUUAGUAACAUAUGCUUCCCCAAGA